ACCGACAACGCGCAGCUGAAUUUCCAGGCAACACCUGUUUCACCCGUCGACAGGCUUCCCGCCGAGAUGGUCAGGCAGCGGCCGUAUCGGUGCAACGCAAGGCGCGAUGUUUGUGUGUGACGAACAAGAAUGCCUAUAAUAUUUGUGUGUUGGCAAUAGCCUUUGCACCAAGUUGCAUGGGCGACACGAUUAGGUUUCCUUGUUUCCUACUCUUCCCGCUGCCAUCAAUAUUUCUGUCAAGUCUUCUUUAUAGCAUAGGUAUACUGCGAUGGAAGCGCGGUGGUGAAUAAGGCGGGCUUGAGGAAAUGAGCAGCAGGCGGGUCGACCCCAAGGCGCGCAGCCACCUCAACGAGGCAGCUGCUACUGGGCGCCGGCGAGCACAGGUUCAGGAGCAGUCCAGCCGCCAGCGCGAUGUGGCGCUGCGCAGCCGGCGGCUGCUGGCGGAGCUGUCCGGCGGCGGCGUGUCCGGCAGCGGCGGCGGCGGCGGCGGCUGGCAGGUGGACGCGGCGGCACUGGCGGCGCUGGGUCCGGACGUGCUGACGGAACGGGUCAAGGUGGUGACGGCGGCGCUGGGGCGCUGGGCGGCGGCGCCGGCGGAGGAGUGGCAGGCGGCGCUGCGGCAACUGGCAGCGCUGUUGUCCACUGGCAGCUACCAGCCCGCUGACGCGGCAAUAGCGGGCGGUGCGGUGACGACCCUGGGCGCGCUACUGCAGCAGGGGCCGGCGCUACUGCCGCCUGACACCGCCCGCCGCGCCGCCUGGUCGCUGGAGCUGCUUGCUAGCUCGGGGCCCGAAGCGGCCAAAGCUGUAGGGGCUGUAGCACCCGUGCUCGUCAGUCGCCUCACGGCGGCUGUGGGCACGGUUCUGACGGCCAUGAGCGCUGGGUCAGGGGCUGCGGCGGGCUGCAGCACGCCCACUUCACCAGGCGGGGCGGCGGGGCAGGCGGCAGCAGCUGCGGUCGGCGGCGGCGGCGGCGGCGGCGGCGGCGGCUGCGGGGAGGAGCUGUUGGCUGCAGACCAACUGGCGGCGGUGCUGGGCUCCGUGGCGGCCUGGAACCCGGAGCUCCAGGGCGCAAUGCUGGCGGCGGGUGCCGCCGAGCCGUUGCUGCAGCUGCUGCUGGCGACCUUCGAGCCGGCGGCGGCGCUGCCGGCAUCCUCGUUUGCGCGACUGGCAGCGGCCACGGCGACGGCGACGGCCGCAGCUGGGGCGCAAGGGACGCCGUUGGUGGCUGGAGAUGCCAUGGAGGCGGAGGGUGGGGCGGCGGCGGCGGAGGCGGCGGCGGACCUGCCCGCAGAGCCGCCGCUGGUGCGGUGCUGCUGCACGGGAGUGUGGGCGCUCGGCAUGAUGGUGCGCGGGCGGCAGAAGGAGGCGGCCUUGCUGGUGUCACAGCCGGGGCUCUGCGCCGGGUGGCGGCGGCUGCUGCUGUCUCCCUCGCCGCACCUGCCGCUGCUGCGGGAGGCGGCGUGGCUGGCGGCGUUCUGCAGUGCCGGCGGCGGCGCGGAAGCGGCCGCGGCAAUGGCGGGUGGUGGCGGGCUGCUGCCGGGGCUGCUGCUGGCCACCAUGCGAUGUGUGCGCCAGGCUUCACUGCUGAACCAGGGCGGCGAUGACGGCAGCGACCCCGCCGCCGCCGAGGCCGCGCAGCCGCUGCACCAGGCCCUGCUGCCGCUGCUCAUGGCGCUCAGCAACAUCGGCGCGGAGCCGGGCACGGCGCUGCUGCUGCUCGCGGAGAUGCAGGCGGUGCGGCCGCUGGAGCCAUUCGCCGCGGCCUCGGCCACUGGGGCUGGGGGGGCGGGUGCGGGUGCGGGUGGGUCUGGAGGAGCGGCGGCGGGGGAGCGCGCUGGUGAGGAGGCUGCGUCAGGAGUUGGAGCAGGAGCGGGAGCGGGAGCGGGAGCUGGGACAGGGGCGGGGGAGGUGGUGGGCGCGAGCGGUAUGCAGGCGCUGGUGGCGUGCCUGGAGGGGCGGGUGGGGCACCGCGGCGUGGUGCGCGGCGGGGCGGCGCUGGCGGCGGGCCUGGCGGCGGGCAGCUGCCGCGCCGGCGGCGUGGCGGCGGACGCGGCGCGCGGCGCGCUGGCGGCGGCGGGGGUUGUGGCGGCACUGGUGGCGCUGCUGCGCGGCGCGGCGCUGGACAUCCGGAAGGAGGCUGCGGCAGCCAUCGCGUCACUGGUGCAGGGGGCCGGCGCCGGGGUUGCCGGGGGUGCCGGGGGUGACAGUGGCGGGCCGGGGCCAGGCACAGUGGACACGCUGCGCUCCUUGGGGGUGCGGGGCGGGCCGGGCGGGGAUGAGCAAGGGGUGGUGGCGGCGUUCCUGGCGCUGCUGCGUAGCCCCGACGCGGACGCGGUGCACGCGGGUCUGCGCUUCGUGUCGCUGGUGCUGGGCGGGCUGCGGCGGGGGCCGCAACUGGUGGAGAGCCUGGACGGCAUCGACGCGCUGGAGGCGGUGCAGUACGGCACGUCGGGCUGCCGCGUGCCGGAGCUGCAGGGCUGGGCGGAGGAGCUGGUGGACUUGUACUAUGGGGAGGGCUACGGGGAGGAUGAGGACGAGGAUGAGCGGGAAGGGUGAGGACUCGAGCAGGCGGCGUGCGGUAGGGGCCGCUGCCGCCACGGACCCAUGGCUAGGCAAGGGCUGAAGGGCGGCGCAUCGGGCUGCUCCGUGCAGGCUGUGUUACCUUGCCUGCGUGCUGGUGCGAGACUGCAACUCUUUGGACGCAGACUGUGUAUACCGUAUGCUUGUCUACCGUUGUAUGUACAGACGUCGGCUUUGCUGGUAGCAGGGGGCUCUCAUGAAUCCGUGCGUAGGGAGGAUUGUUGGCAGGGGACCCGCAAAGGAAGGCGGGU